GCCUGCUGUGCGCUGGCAAGUGUGAGAUUUAUUUCGGUUAUGUCUUCUAACAUCGGUGUUGAACAUUUCUGGACCAGAUCAGACUAUUCUGAUCCCGCACCUGCAGUCUGGUCGCCGAUCACGAAUGACUUCACCAGGCGGCAGUCAGACUCGCAAGGACUAUGGGCCCAAAGUUCAAGAAAACUUCUCGACCGAACGGGUAGCUGGAGCAAUAUAUCAAAGAACCCAGGUGAUCAAUUCCUGGCUGGUUACAAGGAUCGGUGCACUUUUGUUCAGGGCAACUCGGAAACCAAUGCGGAUCGGACACGUCGGGAAUGCGUUCAGAUAAAGCAUGCAGCUGCGUCCGAUCUCUAUCUUAUUCCCGAACUCGAUGGCAAUGUUCUACGCAAUCAGAGCUACUUACACUUUUACAACGCUGCUCUACUUGGACCGUCUCUUUUGAACGAAAAUUGGCUCAUCCCUGAAGCUGAGGGGCUCGCUGAUGAUGAGUUGCUCCUCGGCAUGUCCUGCGGCUAUUACAAUGAACGAGGACCAAAGAGAAAACAGGCGUACAUCUGGCAAUGCUGUAACUGCGGACAAGGAGGCAUAUCCAUCAAGUCUGAAGCAUGCCGAAGCUGUGGAUAUCCUCGAUGCGCGUACUGUCCGGUUUCAAAAGUGCGUAUUUAGUGCAGUGGAAGGAAAACACCGGAACAAAUGGGUUUCAACCUGCCAUUAAAAAGAAGAGUUUGUCCCUAAGCUAAUGAUGGUUACCUUAUGUCCGGACGAAUUUACGUUGUCAAAUGAAAUUGCCCAUGGGCCAAUGAUAGGGGAAUCAAACCUAAUUAUCCGAGAAUUCGGGAACUUACUCACCGGGACUCACCGAGCUUAGACUAGCUACAGAGCUUCUGUCAUAGCCCUUCCCUCCCUCCCCGGGAGUUAACAAUCUUAGACCCAAUGGUAGAACUGGGUUCUUUCCAAGCGGGCAAGGGUCAUAUCGUCAUCUUGUCAUCUGCAAUACUUUACUGACCGAUAAUACACAGCCCUAAUAAUCUGAUUGGUCUGUCUUGACCGAUAAUUU